AUGGGCGAUCCUGAAAAAUUAAAAAUUAUAAGUGAAUUCUUGGAAAAAAACGAGCUGAAAAAUGCACAUGAAACGUAUGAAUGGAGUUCGGUUGAGGAACUUGUUGAACUGGUCAGAUAUGACGCAGAGCGAGCAAGUAAUUUGUUAAAAGCCCUGAAAACGUCAGUGGAUUGCAAGUGCAAUUAUUAUGAACAUCGAAUUAAAUCCAUUCAAGCUAUGAAUGAUUCAUGCAAAUUUCUAGAAAAUAUUUCCGAUUUAAUGAAGAAUUUUUCCAAAUUUACAAAAAGCAUUCACCGUGAAAAAAAUUUGCAUUCUGUCAUUCAUCUGAAUGAAAACAGUGCAACUUCUCCCGAAAGAAAUCGUCCAAUUUGUAUUAGCGAUAAAUCCUCCCAUAAUUUUAAUGCUGUUCAAGCAAAAAAAUUGGAAAUACCGAAGACACCGGAAUUAAGAUCAGAAUGUGCGAAGCGAAUCCAACGUGAAGUGAAGAAUAGAAUAAUUCGGUUUGGUAUUCGUUUUUAG